GAAAGCUGAGGAGGAGCAGAAACAUUCAUGUCUCCUUCCUCUCUGAAUGGAGACUUCUCCACCAGCGGUUUCAGCAUCUGUUUGAUUUGAGUGGUGCUAUAACAGCACACUCAACCGCCAACCUUCAGCAAGUUCUUCACACACUCACAGCUCCCCCAAGUGUCAAAUCAGUGUUUGAACAUGACGGGUCAGACAGUGGGAGGCAUCCUCCAGGACCUGUCAGUGCCCUCACUGCUGGCUGUGGAGGGGCCAGAGUUCAGGCCUCUGGGAAAGGCUUUGUCCUUCACUGGUGAGGCUGUUUCCAUCCUGACUUCCACAAGCGAGUUGGCCCGAACCCUCCUGGGUCACACCUUCGCCCUCAAGCACGAAGAGGGCCUCGCCAACGCUGAAGCGAAGGCUGGCGGCGGCUGCGACGAGGACACCGGCAACAACGCGCGUCGGAAACGAGAGUUCAUCCCGACCGAUAAGAAAGACGACGGCUAUUGGGACAAGAGGAGAAAAAACAACGAGGCAGCCAAGCGGUCCAGAGAGAAGAGGCGAGCCAAGGACACGGUCUUAGAGAGGCGGGUCACGAGCCUUCUGGAGGAGAACGGCCGCCUGAGAGCCGAGCUGCUGGCGCUGAAGUUUCGCUCCGGCCCGGCUAAAGACUCCUCUGAUGUUUCCAUCCUGCCGCUCUGUGCUCUCCCAACGACAAGACCGACGCGCUUCUACCAACCUCACGCCGAUGGAUCCCCAUACCUCAAUACGCCGUCCAGCACCCACCACGCCCACCCUCAUCCUCCACAGCCGAUGUCAAGUCACGCCGUGUCCGAGGAGUCCGGCGUGUCCACGGCGUGCGGCUCGAACGCGGGCAGCCCUGUGUUUUUCGGCGACGCGCUCGGCGAGCGUUGCGGGCCUUCUCCGAGGGAGCUGAUGGAGGAGCGGCAGGGCUACGACUCCCACGUCUGUCCCACGGAGGCCAACGGGGGUCAGUACGGAAGCAGACAAGACUCUCCUGAGGGUUUGAGGAGCCUCCCGCAUAAGCUCCGCUUCAAAGGAGCUGCCGGUUUCAGCGACGCGGGGGAGUUGUCUCCAUCGUCCUCUGACGCCAGACCCAGCGGACCGCCUGUUGCCACAGUGUGGCCAAACAUCCAGGUGAGGGGCCCCCAGCAGGCGGGAUGGGACAAUCCAACAGAGGGUCAGGCCGCUUGGUCCCGGGAGGAGGCCUCUGGUGGACCGGAGCAGCAGUAUCAGGGACAGUAUAACUCCUCCUCCCUGCACAACUCCAGGGGCACCAAGUAUUCAACGGAGGACGUCAGUCUCAGGUCUCAGAUCAGCUGUUUGUCUCAGGAAGUGACCCAACUCAAGAGGCUCUUCUCUCAACAGCUGCUCUCAAAAUCACUGAAAGCCUGAGCGCCAGGACGACUUCACGGACAGAUUUCUCACGACAUCUUUACGAGCCAUCGAUCUUACAGACGUCCGGCUCCCACGGGACAGCGAGGCCCCUGUGUUCACACCUCCGGACAAACCUUAUUUGCGACGCCUCUUUCACUGGGACAGCCAACUAAACCAGAAAGCACCCACAUGUUGAACUUUUUAAAUAAGAAUUAAUUAAUUCACGCAAAAGUAAAAGUGAUGUGUUAAAUCAUCACAUGAUCAUGUCGAUUUCCUGGGAUUUGAAGGAGGCUGUACAUUUCUGAAUACUUGGCGGAAUACUUAGAAACACUGAACAUCAACAACAAUCUGACCGAAGACGUAUUUUUAAAUUCUUUACUGUAUGUGUAUCUGACUUAUGACAGCAAGGAGUCAUAACCGUAUAUUUACUUGUUCAGAAUUAUUAUUAUAUAUAUAUAUAUAUAUAUAUAUAUAUAUAUAUAAUUGAACUGUACUUGGAAAUAUAUUAUCUUAUAUAAACAACUGAUGGAUCUCUUAUGACUUAAAAAUAAUAUCUGUACUUUUUUUUACAUGACAAACCAACCUGCAUUUAGUGUAACUGUAAAGGCAAAGCAUGCCGUAUUCACUGUCUUCCAGAUGAUAUGUUAUUAUUAACAUUAUAAUUAUUAUACAUUAUUAUGUAUUAUAUUAAAUCUAUGAUCUCAGAUGAAAUGAGUGUGAACAAUAUCCAGCAAUAAAAUCCUUCUUCAAAAAGAAAA